CGACGCUUUCUUCCCCCAUCUGCGGCACGGCUAGGAGCUGUCGACGACAAGUGCGACAAGGCGACCGUGCAAGGAUGUCGGGAGCAGAUGACUCGGAGAUUCAAGCGAUCAUCGAUCAGUAUCCCCGGUUGCUGGUCGAGAACUACUGCAUCAUAGCGUCGUCCGCGCUGUUGUGGUUCGACUUCGUGUUGACGCUUCCGGACGAGUACCGCAGAAUAUGGAAACGCCCAUUCACAGGAGCGACGGUCAUAUACCUCUUGAUGCGAUACGUCGCGGUCAUUGAGAGGGUAUUCUUCGUGCUCGAAGUUCUCGUGUGGAACUCAAGUGAUCGGGUGAGAUGCGGUGGCAUCACUCACUCCGAUGACGUGUUGACAAUCCUCAACUACUUGUCAUUCACAGCCUUCACCUCACUGCGGCUAUACGGUGUGUGGGGGAGAGAUUGGAAACCUUUGUUGGUCGUCCUCCCUCUCAGUCUAGUAAGGCCAGUUCUUCUUAUGUACGAAAGCGCAAAGUACAUCCCCACUCAAGCAGGCCCGCCUUUUGGCUGUGUAGAAUUGACUUUCGUUUCAGACGCCGACCUAUCCAAGUUCUCCAUCACGGCGAAGGCCACCACCAUCGCAGCGGAUGGAAUACUCAUCGUGCUAACGUGGAUAAAGACAUUUGGCUUGAACAAGGAGUCGUUGAAGAUGAACUUCCGCACCCCGUUGGCAACAUUGCUCUUGCGUGAUGGAACGGCAUACUUCAUGGUCUUGCUGGUAAUCCAGAUGAUUACUAUCGUUUCCAACCGAAUAGGCCAUGACGUCACAGUCUGGCUUGUGUGGCCCUACUUUGAUCAAGUUUUCACCGUCAUCUUCCUCUCGCGCUUCAUGCUCGAUCUGCGCGGGAUCUAUUACACGGGGUGCGACGGGCGCGAAGUUGACACGACGCUACACCUAUCCGACGUAAAGUUCGAGGGUUUCACGUCUACGAUGAUCGGCAACCUCGGUUCGACUACCUUCAGCACACAAAUCGAGAUCCCAAUGCCGGAGCAAACGGAGGACAGCGAGGUGUCUCCUACUGGGUCGGCGGACUCGUUCGAGCGCAGGUAUGCGUGGGAGUGGCGCGACGAGGAGGUCGAGUUCAGCGAUGACCCGUUCAAGACGGGGUUCCAGAAUCCGGACAAGCCGCCUGCGCUCGCCGCGUCGACGGUGGAGGAGGCGUCCGAGACAGGGGAGGUCGAAAAGGUAGAUGGUGGAGAGAUACAGGAGGAGGCUCGGCUUGGAGAUAUAUCUCCCGUCUAAACCUGCUCUAGGAAAAAAAGCCACCCUGGGCGAACUUGAAGAAUCCAUGAUGUACUGUUAUUCAGCGCCGACUGUUGAAGUCAAGGUUUUUUU